AUGGACACUGAGGAUGGAAAGAUAUUCAUAAAGAACCUUGCAUACUUCGUACGUACACACGAAAAGGCCCUUGCAAAUGCUCUUUUGCUGCAACGCCAGAAUCCUCGAAAUGUUACACAAGCUUCCGGAGGUAGCGCCUCUCCAAGCUCCCCUCCUCCAUCAGCCUCCUCCGGUGGUUUUGUGUCUGGCUUUCCUCUUCCAUACUUCGGCUCACAAGUAAUAAAACCAGCUAAGCUGACUUUGACACCCCAUCAUCUCUUCUACCUGCUAUCAAGAUAUGAAGAGCUUGGCGUUGCAGUGGGACCUAUGAAUGUUCGUCUCGAGAACAUUCACACCGAGGCGUCCCCUGCAAACUACGUGUCUUUCUUGAGCCAGGCCCAGCGCAAGAAGAGUCGCAAUUCUGACCGAGAUUCCAUCCACUCUGUAUCCAGCAUGCGAAGUGUCAUGUCAGGCAUGUCUGCUCUAUGGUCUACUCUUGGAAUUGGUCCCACUGCCGAAGCGAGAUCUGAAAAGCAAAAGGCCGUUGAAAAGGAAGACCUGAAAUACCUUUAUUCUGCCUUUACCAAAAUACCAUGCUUACGAUUGGCUCCGGACCAUAAAGCCCGCUUGAUUGCUGGAUAUGAAGAGUUUCCAUUUGAUAGUGCUGUUCCCCUUCAUGUGUUCAAGACCAUGAGUGCGCUUGAGAUAUGCGAUGUGGACUUCCGCCAGUUCUAUGGUUGGGAUAGACUCGCUGAACAGCUGAAAAGUCUGACUCUCAAACGUGCUGGUAUCGAGGAUCCUGCAGAUCUUCUGAUACAUAUUGUCCUAGACGACAUCGAUAAGCGUCGGAAACGAUCAGCUAAAAUACCCCAAUCUCCUGCACAGCCUUGGCCUGCAGCCAGUCCUGGUCCGAGAUAUAUAGAUAUAGCGAGGUCUGGAUCGACAGAGUCAUCCCCAGAUCUCUCUUCCCCCAAACAUGUGCCUGGGCCCAGUCCACAAAAUUCUCCCAUGAAACGAGGCACCUCCACUCGUCAGAGAAGACGAAGUGUUUCUCCACCAGCCCGUCCAAAAAGCUCUAGACACGACACAGAUACUUAUGGCAGAGCCAGUACACCCAAUAUCCGCAGAUCAUCAGGUAGUUCAGCCUCAAGUCUCCAUUCUGAAACCCCGAGAGGUAGUAUGUCCAAUCUCCUGACUAUGGGGUAUUUGCCAUCGACCAAGUGGCGAUUUCUUCGUCAUCUCAGUCUGGCCGACAAUGGUCUCACUGCCAUCUUCGCGACAAGCUUGACACCAGUGAUGAACACAUUACAGUCGCUUGACUUGUCAUCCAAUCUGUUCACGGAAAUUCCAGACAGCCUGGCUUCUCUUGUCUCGCUUCGAGCGCUGAACUUGUCUAAUUGUAUGAUCGAGUCGCUGCACUCCUUGGGCAAGAGUCCGCUGCCAGCUAUCACAACUCUGAAUCUGCGCGGAAAUCGUUUGGGCUCACUAGCAGGAAUCGAAAGGCUGCUCUCCCUUGAACGAUUAGACAUUCGUGACAACAAGCUCACAGAUCCGACAGAAGUUGCCCGGUUGACAAGCUGUCCGAACAUGCGUGAGCUUUACGUGCACAAAAACCCAUUCACAAAGACACACGGAAAUCACAGAGUCACCAUCUUCAACCUUUUCCGCAACACACCUGGCUAUUCCGAGGACAUCACGAUUGAUUCACAAGGGCCUGGCUACAGUGAGCGCAAGCAGCUGGUAGAUCGCGCACCCGAACCGGUGUCCGUCCCCGUCGUGAGGCCACCUCCAGAAGAUGAGAACAGGCCAGCGCCCAAGCCAAAGCCGGAGCCGGCGCAAACGAGGCCACCGCCGGACCCCGUGCAAUCGUCUCGCUCAACAUCAAGCCAUCAACGAACCAGAAGCGAUCUCACUUACGGAUCACAGAAGAAACGAAAGGGGCCCAAGCGAAGGAUCGUUGAACUGUCUCGGAAUGACAGCCUCCAACAGUCUCAUUCCGAGCUAUCCACCAUCACUCAAACAAGUCCUUUGCCAAGUCGACCAUCUGUAACACGGGAAGAUUAUGGCGGGACGUUGCGUUCGACACCAACUCGACACAAGUCGGAGCCUCAAACAGCGAGCACACAAUUACCACCACUGACUACAGUAUUUGUACCUCCUCCCGUCGAUGAGAUUGCAGAGCAGCCAGUCAAAUCGCCCCCAGAGUUCGAUGUUAGCAAUGACCUCUAUAGAAAAAAGAUAGAGGCGCUCAAGCAAGACUUUGGAAACAACUGGCUGAGCGCGCUUGGAGACGAGUCCUGGGAUGCCAAACCUCAACAAGCGAAAUACUCUGGAGGUGAUCUAAGCCCAUCUGUGGUGCUUCGAGCAUCGGCCGGACCGACACGAACACCUAGCCAAAACAUUGUUUCCAGCGGUAGAACUCUUGGUUGA